AUGCAACUGGGGUUCUCACAUACAUCGAGGGUCACUGAACGGGAGGUGUCUUCUGAAGUGCGAACCUAUAGUGGAUAUGCAGAAGGCACGGCAGCUGUUUCUCAAGUGCAGAAUGUGUCUUAUGAGAAUGCUGAAACAAUCCAGUCUGAAAUGAUGGAAAGAAACAUCUCUUUCUCUAACCCGCAAUCGUCGUUCUCAAAUGCUAUAUCAGCUUCGGGUGUCACUCGAAGGGAGGUGGCUACUGAAGCGCAAAUCUACGAAGGAUAUACGGAAGAAACGUCAACUCAAGGGCAGGAUAGUUCUCGAGAGCAUGCUGGAUCUAUGCAGUUUGAGAUGAUAGAAAGCCCUAUCUUGUCCCCCACCAUGCAAUCGAGCUUCUCGAAUGCGACAUCGGAAUUCAGAAUCACUGGAAGCGGGGUGGCUGCUAAAGCGCGGACCUACAAUGAAUAUACAGAAGAAGAAACAUCAGUUAUUUCUCAAGGGCAGGAUACGCCAUCGGGGCUCCGUUCCACGUCGCGGUUCGCCCAGGAGAUUUCCGAAGCAGAUGGGAACAAAUCAUCCAAACCGAGCGUCAUACCACCACAUGUUGAAUCUAAAACAGAGUUUAGUGCGGUGGAAGGGCAAAAUGACACUACGGACUAUACUGACGGUCAGAGCGACACGAUGGUUCACGCACAGACCACUUCAUCAGGGUUCCUGUCUACAGAAAGCCCUGAGAGCGUAAAGGCCCAAGCCAGCGUUACUCAGACUACGGAACCAGAUGUUGCCCUCCGGGAGACAAAAGCCAGUGGGAUAACUGGAGCAGCUCAAAUCAGCGAAAAAAGAAAAGGGACCUUUCUCAUAUCACACGCGGAACCUGCUUCAUUCUCACCAACCAUCGCACCCGAAGUGAAGGAGCUAGAGACAGAAAGGGAGGCAGCUAACCCACAAGAAGAAAAGGAAGGAGACACUUAUCAAACUGCCCAGCAGUUGGAUCAAAGUGUGUGUAUUAGCCCGACACUCGCGACUGAGGAUAGGGAUAUAAGUGAAGAUGAGCCUUCAAAGAAAGUCAUUGAUGAAGAUACCGUUCUAUCCCAUAGUGGGCCCACUUCGUCCUCGGAUGUGGUGCACACAGUAGGAGAGAAAGAUGUCAUAUGCGAAGAAAAUCAUCAUAACGAAAUUGCUGUUGAUGAGAGAAAUUCGAUAUCCGAAGUUGGAUCUCUGUCAUCAAAACGAUCCCGAAUGGCAGACCAGAAGAUCAACAAUAUGUUAAUCUAUACAGAAACCCGUGCUUCUCUAGAUCCAACCGAGAAGUUACAUCUUAUCAAGCUUGCCAAUGAUGAAGUCUUUGCUCGUCUAAGUCAACUGACCAAUGCCUCGUCCGGCAAGCCGUAUCUUAGCCCAGAAUGCCGAGAUUUCGGUUUAUACGGGUGGCUUCGAAAUAUCAUGCACAUCUUUAACCAUGGCACAUACAAAGAGAUCUCGGCAAUGAGAUUUCAAAACCUACGUGUUCUGGGAACUAGGCCCCAGGUUCAUCGUAACCUGACGGCUCUGGGCGUCUUUUCCGCCCUACUGCGUCCGCGAGAAACAUUCAGCCCGAGCCGCAAAUCCCCCAAGGAGAUCAUACGGAAUCUAAAUGGCGUGUUAGAUCAUGGAGAACUGCUGCUUGUCUUAGGACGGCCUGGAGCUGGAUGCAGUACUGUCGCAAAAUCAUUGUGCGGAGAGCUUAAUGGCUUGAAGCUGGGUCCUGAAUCGGUUAUUCAUUACAAUGGCAUUCCACACCAGCAGGCACCUAGUAAUGUCAAGAGCGCGAUGCUUUAUAGCUCCGGAACCGAAAAACAUUUCCCGCAUUUGACGGUUGGACAGACUUUGGAGUUUGCAGCAUCUGUCCGAGCUCCCAUCCAAAAUCUCCAGGGAAUAACGCGGACAGAAUAUGCAAAAGCUAUGACGAAAGUUGUUAUUGCCGUCUUCGGUCUGAGCCACACGUACAGCACUCAAGUCAAAGAUGUGACAGAAGAUGAGCGCAAGCGAGUCAGUAUUGCCGAGAUUAUCCUGUCGGGAGCAUCUUUAGCUGCAUGGGACAAGUCAACUCAGGGCCUAGCUCUAACAGAGGCAUUGAAGUUUGUGCAGUCUUUGCGGCUGGCGGCAGAUUUGGGCUCAUCAUCCCACGUUGUAGCUGCAUAUGAAGCCAGCGAAGCAAUGUAUGGUCACUUUGACAAAACCUUGUUGUUAUACGAGGGCCGCCAGAUAUUUUACGGCCCUUCUUCUGAAGCCAAGGGCUUUUUCGAGCGCCAAGGGUGGUAUUGCCAUCCACAGCAGGGUACUGCCGAAUUUUUGACCUCAAUUACCAAUCCCACAGAGAGGCAGCCACGUCGGGAUAUGGAGAACAGAGUUCCCCGAACUUCGGAAGAGUUUGAGACGUACUGGUGCCAGUCCGCAGAGUAUCAAGAGCUGCAGAGGGAGAUGAGUGAUCAUAAGCAGAUAACGGUGUCCCACUCGAGAGAACAACUGCCAAAUCCUAAUCUGGACGAACAACAGAAGCAGCCAGUCCAAAAACAGAAUAAUUGGCAGUACCCUAGUCUGAUGCUGCAAGUCAGACUGACUAUAAUACGCGCUUUUCAGCGUGUUUGGAACGAACGUGCUUCAGCAGCAUGCAAGAUCACAGUUAACUUCAUUAUAGCGCUGCUUAUUGGCUCAAUGUUCUACAACACUCCUGCAACGACAGCCGGAUUUUUCUCCAAGGGUGCAGUGCUCUUUUACCUAGUGAUGCUCAACUCUCUUCUACCACUUACCGAGUUGACCAGUCAGCUUUCCCAGCGUCCGGUGGUGGAAAAACAUGCCUCAUUUGGCUUCUACCAUCCCAUGGCCGAAUCACUAGCCGUGCUCCUGAGUGAAAUCCCAAUUAAUUUUCUACUUGUCUUGGUGAACACUAUUGUCAUCUAUUUCAUGAGCAACCUUCGUCGUGAACCUUCGCAAUUCUUCAUAUGCUUCCUGAUCAACUUCGUGUUGAUCCAUGUGACAAGUGCAGCCUUUCACAUGACAGCAGCAGUAACAAAAACGCUCGCGCAAGCACAAGCUCUUGCUGGGAUGCUGGUACUUUGGGUUUUCAUAUUUACGGGCUUCAUUAUCCCCGUCCCUCGGAUGCAUCAUUGGUUCGAAUUCGUCCAUGAUAUCAACCCCGUCUACUACGCAUAUGAAGCCCUAGUCGCCAACGAGUUCCACGGUAGGGAGUUUGGAUGUGCUGAGUUCAUACCAUCUCAGCCCAACCUCCAGACGAACGCAUAUAUCUGCUCAGCUGUCGGAGCUCUCGCUGGCCGUCGUACAGUUAGUGGUGAUGAUUAUAUCUGGCAGACCUACAGGUAUACCUACGACCACGUGUGGAGAAAUUUUGGUAUUCUUAUUGUUUUCCUGGUCGGUUGGAUGGGUCUAUAUUUCGUUGCGACGCAAUUUAUUUCACACCCAAGUAUCCAUUCUGGAAGUCUUUCUUUGCUUCACAGAAGUACAUCUGCUUGCCUUAGGCACGAAGAGCAUCGCAAAGAGGACGAAGAAGCUGGGAAAGGUUCUGUGACUCCAGGCCAAGAUACCAUUGGCAAUGUGGGAUUGAAUGAUUUUAGUUUCAUUGAGCCUCAGCGAAACAGUUUGAGCUGGCGCGAUGUGAUAUACGAAACAAACACAAGCAGUGGAAACCAUCGGAUCCUGGACAAGGUGACUGGCUGGGCUAAGCCAGGGACAAUCACCGCAUUGAUGAGCCUUAACAGUGAACAGAAGACGGAGUUACUCAGAGUGUUGGCGCAACGUACCACAAUAGGAGCUGUCAGUGGGGACAUUCUCUUCAACAACUGCCUUUUGAGCCCGAGUUUCCAGCGGAAAUUCGGGUAUGUUCAACAGCAGGAUAUUCAUUUGAAAACGGCGACGGUUCGUGAGGCUUUGCGUUUCAGCACAUUGCUACGUCACGCAGACUCCGUCUCCAAGAGAAGCAAAUACACAUAUGUCGAGCAAAUAAUCAAGGCACUGGAUAUGGAGGAUUACGCCGAGGCUGUUAUUGGAGUUGUUGGAGAGGGCUUGAACGUCAAGCAGCGGAGGGUUUUGAGUAUUGGAGUAGAGUUGGCCGCAAAGCCCGAAAUUCUGUUCGUGGAAGAGCCUGACAGCGGCCUUGACGUGCAAAGUUCACGCACAAUCUAUCGUAUCCUCCAGAAAUUGGCCGACGCCGGACAAACGAUCAUCUGCACAAUGCAACCCAGCUUGAUGGCAUUCAAGCAAGUAGACCAGCUCCUAUUUCUCUCCAGCGAGGGUAGAACUGUAUACUUCGGACCCACCGGCAAGAAUGCACAAACUCUGCUAGACUAUCUCGAAUCAAACGGUGCCCCCCGGACCCGCACAGAAGAGGAAGACUCCGCCAGCUACAUAGUUGAAACCCUUUCCACCGCCACCAAUAAACACGGGGAGGCCUGGUCGGAUGUCUGGGUCAGAAACAACAAAGUCGACCCUAUCCGCGAAGACUUCGAGAGUAUCAACACCCUGAACAAUCCAACAGAAGACAAAGAAUACGCCAUUCCACUACACCUCCAAUUCCCCAUCGUCUUCCGCCGAACCCUUCAAUACUACUGGCGCUCACCCCUCUACAUCAUAUCAAGAAUACUCCUCCAAAUAUGCGCCGCACUCAUCAUCAGCUUCUCCUUCUACAAACACGGCACCUCGAUAAGCGGCCUCCAAGAAACCAUCUUCUCCGCGUUCAUGAUCUGCACUCUGUUCGUCCCCCUCGUCCACCAAAUCACCCCUCUCCUCACCAAACAACACUUCAUAUACGAAACCCGCGAACGCCACCCAAAAACCUACUCCAGAUUAUCCCUCCUCCUCUCCAUAAUCCUCACCGAACUUCUCUACCAAAUCAUCCUCAGCAUCUGCGUCUGGGUAAGCUACUACUACCCCAUCUCAGGAACUACCCAAUCAUCACCCCGCCAAGGUCUCGUCCUCCUCUUCUUCAUCCAAUUCUUCAUCUACGCGAUAACCUUCGCUCUCCUGGCGGUCCCAACCUCCACCCUCAUAACAGGUAUAUGCUCUUUCAUGGCCCUCACCUUCAACGGCGUUAUGCAGCCGCCCCACGCUCUCCCCGGUUUCUGGAUGUUCAUGUACCGCGUCUCCCCGUUUACGUACUUCGUUGCUGGAGUGACAUCAACUCAGCUCCAUGGUGUCCCGGUUAAUUGCACCAGGACGGAGAUGGCGGUGUUUGAUCCGCCUUCGGGGCAAUCGUGUAUCGAGUAUCUGAGUGAUUAUUUGCGGACGGUGCCGGGGCAGUUGAUGAACCCGGAUGCGAUGAGGAGCUGCAAGUAUUGUCCGUACUCGGUUGCGGAUCAGUUCCUGGCGGAGAGGGAGUAUCGGUAUGAUCGGAGGUGGAUGGAUUUUGGCGUCGGGUGGGCUUUUGUGGGGUUUAAUGUUGGGGUUGCCGGGUUGGUUUAUUAUGUUUUUUGGGUGAGGAGGUGGAGGCCGGGGUUUGGGGCGAAGAUUAUGGGGUGGAGGAGGAGAGUGAGUGGGUGGUGGUAA